AUGCUCAGUUUGUAUGGACCAUGGCUCUGUUAUGGAGAGGUAUCAGUGAUUGUGCCCUGUGAGAUGAGUCAGGCGACCGCACAAUGCAGUUUCAAGAAUCUGACAGAAGUGCCAGUGCUGCCCAAUUACACGGAGAACUUGUACCUGGAUUUCAACAACAUUUCAGAACUGCACAGCGCGUCGCUACGGGGCCUGCGUCUCUUGGAGCGUGUGACCUUGGGGGCUCAGAGAAGACCUUUGGUGAUCCGAAACAAUGCUUUUCUAACCACUCCAAAUCCAGACACAUUCCGAAGUUUGGCUUACAUCGACUUAGCCGGGAAUCACUUCUACUGCGACUGUAACCUGGAGGGCUUUCUGGAAUGGCUUAACAGCACCAACAUAACGUUCCUCACUCCAAGAAAAGAUCUGAGCUGCACUUUCCCAUCCUCGCUCCAAAAUGUACCUUUGCUAAGUUACGCCAACGUCAUAGAGCCAUGCGAAGAGGACGAUGAGAAGGCAAUGCAAGAGCUCCGGUUGGACUCAGAAUUUUCAGAGGAAAACUUGUUCAAAUGCUGUUUCGAGGCACGGGAUUUUCUGCCAGGAGAAGAUCAUCUGGUCAACAUUCGUGACGCAAUGUGGGGGAGUAGGAAGACUCUGUGUGUGGUGUCCAAGCAGUUCCUGAAAGACGGUUGGUGUCUGGAGGCGUUCACUUUGGCUCAGGGCCGAAAACUGGAGGAGCUGUCCAAUGCGCUCAUCAUGAUCGUGGUGGGGAAGGUAAACAUAUCACUCAGAGGACUCUUAACUUAA